UAAUAAAUGAGCAAUUACGGAAGUAAAAUGGAUGGAGGUGAUGUUAGAAAUCAUUCAAAAAAUAAGAUGAGUACAAAGACGCUUAACUAUUCUUUGUUCAGCCCAAAGAGUAAACCCAAAAAGAGUAGAUUUUUAAACAAGAACGAAAAAGUUAGGAGAGUUGCUAAGAAGCCUACAACUGAUCCCAGAAACCUCAUGAAGGAAAGAUUUCAGAGAAUAAAGAGUUUAUCUCCGAUGCAAAGGAUCUUAAACACAGUUGCUCGUAAAAAUAAUCGGAGAGACAAGAGUAGUAGAAAUAUAGCAAAAUUUCGCUUGAUGUCGGGCAAAAUGAACCAACGAGCUUUCAGCCCUGCAGCAAAGCUUAUCAGGAAUAUUAUUCGAAAUGAAAGUAGCUCCUUCAGAUCAUCCUCUAAAAAGAAUUCAAAGAGAGGUACUCCUUCUUCAAAAUUUUCCAAAAGAAAGUUAAAACUUAACCUAAAAGAUAAGUUCUCAAAGUUUAUGAAGCAAGAGAAAUCUAAGAAGAAAUAUAACAUCAGGAUAUCUAAGAUAUUCGGAGGUUCGAUUCUCUCCCCUUCUAAGCAGAAUAUGUCCCAGAAUACUAGAUAUAGCCAUAUCUCUAUGUCGGAGCCUCAUCAAGAUCAAUUACAGGAUAUUAACAAGAGAAAAUCUGAAUUUGUUCCAUUGAAUCCUACAUGUCAGAAGUUUGAGGUUUACAGAUCAAUGAAUCAAGAUGAUGGCUCUCCUAAUAUCCUUAGCAGGUUCCUCAAAAAAGACACUUUAAAUUCAUCUGAAGGGUUCUGAUUUCCAAGAAUGAAGGAUACACAGCAUGGAAAUUUCCUUGAUGCUUUCACUCCGAAGUAAAAUAAUGCUGUAUAAAAUUAUGUUGAUUCAUGA